UCAGUGUUGCCUUUGGCUUUUGUGUUUACCAGAUGAGUCAAAAAAUAUUGUUUAACUAAGCUGCUUUUUAGGCUCUUUUGGUCUUUGUCAUGGUGAUUGAUUUGUAAUUGAUCUGCAUCAGCUAAGCUUCUCUAUAAAGUUGGAAACUGCCCAGAAUUCAAAACUUAAGUAUUUUAUAUUUUUUAGGCAAUGGAUUGUUUUAUGUGUUACCUCAUUUUGUUGGUAUAUAAGUAUACAUAGUAGAUACCGACGAUCAUUUUUAUUCCUUCUGGUUUUGUGAUUUCACAUGGCUAAUCUGGCCCAACUCUGAUGGGCUGGCUGAGUUAGAAUGCCAAACAGACGUUUGCCUAAAAGACUAUUUUAUGGAGAGCUCACGCAAGGCAAGGGCUCACACAGAGGUCAGAAGGAGCACUCUCAAGGUCUCUCUGAAGAACUUUGGAAUCAAUUGUGAGACAUGGGAGAUGCUGGCACAGGACCACUUAGCAUGGUUUGCCCACUUCAAAGAAAGCUCUGUGCUCUACGGGCACAGCAGAAUUGUAGGAGCUCAAAAGAAAUGUGAGAUUCACACAUUCAGAAGCAUCUCUACUCCAAAUGUUCAUGUGGACUGUUUGUGCCUGACCUGUGGUAGAGCAUUCUGGGUUCACGUUGGUCUGAUCUGCCACAGCCAGAAGUGCUGUACCUUGAUCCCAGUAUAGUGAUAUAAUUCUGGUCCUCUUCGAGGAAGGACAACCACCACCACCUGGCUUCAUCUCCUAAUAUGGAGAAGGAUCGGCUGGGCUUUCUGAUCUCAAAGCUCAUUUUCCAUGGUAACAUUUGAACUAUGGUUCUCCCUGGCAGUGUGGGUCAGAACCAGGAGCCACAGUGCCUUCUUAGGCUUUUCUUUUUAAAAACAUUCAUGACAAGUAGUUGAGAUACUUCUUUAGAGUUUACAAUUCUUUGUUCAUUAUUUCUGAUCAUUUUUCCCACCAUUUUCACUUGUUCUCUUUGCACUGAAGUCAUUGGGUAUCAGAGCCCAAUACUGUGGCCUCUUCUUCUCUCACAUUAAACUCCAUCCAGUCUCUAGAAUAGCUACAGUUAUAAACUACCUGGAUAUGUUACAGAGGACUCCUAAGGCAUGGCCAAGUUUAAGCCAAUCCAAAGAUGAUUCCCUCGGAACAUUGGAAAUUCCAAGGGCUUUUGCACUUAGUCUAAAGUCUACAAUUGAUGAAGUGAUUGAAUGAGGGAAUUGCCCUUACUAUGUGCAAAUCACUGUGCUAGGCACUGGAAAUACAAAAUGAAAACAUAGUCACAGUCUUCACUCUUGACGGUGGAUAGCUCCCAUUUUAAUUGGAGAGCCAACGUGCAAGAUGGAUGGAAAAUCUCCUGGUCUUUAAAGGGCACCAGCAAAGCAGAUGAUCGUGUUUCUUCUUUACAGUCAUUUCCACUAAUAAAAUCCCAUCAGCUUACCUGUUGGUCAUCUCACUGCGAGAUCCUUGGACAAUGAUGAAUGACCAAGCCCAGGGCUUGCCUGCCUUGUAUUUGCCAGUUGCUGGAGAUGGCUGGCCCCUUCACCAUGAGAAUUGCUUUCAUGAUGUGAGGGCUUGGCUGGAAAGAAGAGCAAUGGGAUAAAGGAUACCGCUAUGCCCAGGACUCCUGUGCCCACAUGACUGCUGGUGGUAGUAGUUGUUGCUUGUGGUGAUGAGGAAGGUGGUUUCCUUCCUGUUGGAAGCCUGUCUUGCAGUUUGGGAAUCGCUCCUUCCCAGACUGUUGGGCUCAGGGUCCCGGGCUAUCCCCAUCGAGGUCUGAGGGGAGAUGGUUGUCGAGGUGGUAGUAGGGGUUUGACUUGCCUGGCACAUACCGCUUCCUGUCUCUCCCUUAGGGUGCCCUGCUGCUUCAGCUAGCCUGGCUUGCCAAUACUGUUGGCUUUCCACAUUCUAAUGUGGAGAAGAAUCAGUUGAGCCCUGAUGAUCCAUGGUGAUGUUCUAUGGUUCUCCCUGGUCAUAUGGGACAGAACCAGGAGCCACAGGUGCUGGAUGCCAUGGGAGCUGCUGCUCUAAAUCGGGGUGGGAUGCCUUGGCUCCCCCUCCUCUCUGAGGUGCAUUUGUGGGAAUGUGGUCAUGGAGGCUUCUUUGCUGUAAGCGUUGGACAAGACGUGGUUGGGGGUUCCCUUGAGCUCUGAGAACCAGGCUUAAAUCUCAGCUGUCAUAUUCUACCUGUGUGACUGUGGGUGUCAGUUCAUUCAUUCAUGUAUUCACUAAUUCAUCAAAUAAGCCUUUAGUAAAUGUCACUAUAAAUCAGGCAGUAGUACAUAAAAGUGAGGCAGCCCCUUCCCUCUGGGAACUUCCAGUCUAGUGGGGCCUCAGUUUCCUCUGCUGUGAGGUGGAGGGUGGGGCAGGCCAAACCUUGAUCUCUAAGCCCAAAGAAGCCCCGGAAUCUUGCUCCUGAGGGCGUCGGUUUCCAACCGGAGCACUUUCUGGGUGGGCCCAGAAGUGUCCCGCAGAUGUCCCCUCCAGCAGCGGAUCCUCUAGAAGCAGCUGCAUCGGGCCUCCUGGGCACCGGUGCUCAGUCCUGAUGCAGCUGCUGCCCCCAGCACCCCUCCUCCUCCCAGGAGAAAGCCAUGGAUUCCCCUCCUUCGAAGGCAGCCCCUCCGGGCUCGCCCGUGUCCCCUCCGCCCGGGCCGGGCCGGUUCCUGCUCAUUGACGCCAACGGGGUCCCUUACACGUACACGGCUCUGGUGCAGGACGAGCCGGGCCCCGCGGGGGAGGCCGGCAGAGGCGAGCGCGGCCCGGGCUGCGCGCCCCCUCGGAAGCGCCACGGCUGCCCCGAGUGCGGCCGCGUGUUCGACAGCGCCCUCAGACUGCAGAGCCACCGCGUCUCCCAUUCGGAGCUCAAGCCCUUCGUUUGCGGGGCCUGCGGGAAGGCCUUCAAGCGGUCUAGCCACCUGUCCCGCCACCGCGCCGUGCACCAGCCCGGGGGCAGCCGGUGCCACGCAUGCCCGCUGUGCCCACAGCGCUUCCGCGACGCCGGGGAGCUGGCGCAGCAUUUCGGGGGCCACUAGGUGGGGAUGGAAACGCGGCGCGGAGCCUGCCUGGGAGGCGGAGGUCCUGGCUUCGCUUCCCGUCAGCGAUCCCAGGCCCCUGCAGCGGGGGCGGGGGUUGGAGCAAAUGCUCCCCAAGCCCCUUCCGGCCGUAAAUCUGACCAUGUGGGAGACCCUCCCUCCUCAGCCCCUGGACAGCCUUACUACAGAGCUCGGGGGUCCCCCCUGCGGAGCGCCAGCUGGGUGAGGGACAGGCCCCCGGGCCGUCUGUGGAGGGCUUGGCCGGAGCAGGAUUGGAAUCCUGGGUCCCCGGGGCUUGCGGCGGGACCCUAGCCCGGCCCUUGUCUGAGCCUCAGUUUCUCGCUUUGUCAGUUAAGGGGGGGGUGGGUGUGAGAUCUCUGAGCACCCCGAAUCCUUUUGUGCAGGAGGGACGUAAUCUUGGGUCCCUGGCUUUGUAUCUCUUUCCUUUCAAUAAACGCUCCUGGAUCUG